UCAGGAUAUUUGGAGAGAGAAGGAAAGUAACACGUUGGUGCUACAUUCUAUGAAUUUUAGGAACAUAACUUGUAUCUUAUUCUGAGCAACACUGAUGAAAGUAACGUAUAUAUUUUUCCUUUAAGGUUGCCUUAAUCAGGGUGGUAGAGAAGAUGUUGCUGGUCACAGGAUGUGGUGAUGAGGCAAUCAUCUGAAGGACGGUUACUCUGUGAGUGGUUGGAGAUAACAGAGCCGGAUCGUCAGGCAACACCCAUUUCUGGAGGCGAGUCGAGCAAACUCAGAUAAGAUGGCGUCACAGGAAGGGGGGGAGUCGCCUCCUAACGGCAGCCAAUCAGACAGCCGGUUGAAGAGCAAGAAGCCGCCCAGUCUGGUCAUAGCCAUCCCUGCACCAGAGGAAGAAGAGAGUGUUGAAGAGGGAGCUGAAACGGUCAAGCAGCCCCUGCGUUCGUCCCUGAAGAAGAGUGAGAGCCAGCAGCAGGCCAGUCCUCUGUCUGACAGUGGUGCUGAUGGUGGUGGUGGUGGUCACUCUGUUGGGGACAGGAGGGCAGCCUUCCACAGACAGACCUCCCUGUCUCAGAGCAUACGCAGGAGUACAGCCCAAGUUACAGCCCAAGCAGCAGGUUGGUUCGGGGUGGGUGAGGACUGUGAGACCAAGCAGCAGCUAUGGCAGAGGAAGAGCCUGCGCCACUGCAGCCAGCGCUACGGCAAGCUCAAGGCCCAGUACAGAGAGCCAGAGCUCCCCAUCAGCAUGGACCAGGGCCUGGACUCACCCGCCGCAAACAAGAUGCCCAAGAUUGUGGACCCCCUAGCGCGGGGGCGAGCGUUCCGUUGCCCAGAUGAGACGGACCGACCUCCCCGUACCCCCCACACGGGACCCGUCACCCCGGGGUUCUCCUCCCAGCGCUCCGGGGGCUAUGCCCACCUGCCACGACGCAAGAGGGAGUCUGUCGCCCGCAUGAGUAUACGAGCAGCGUCCAACCUACUCAGGGGUCGUUCAGGUCUAGUGGGCUCCCAGACAAGUCGUAAUUUCCGCCGGCGGAGCUUCGCCCGGCCCAGCUUGCUGGAUGAGGAUACUGUGGACUCCGCAGACACUCACGGGUCCGUCUUCUUCAGCAAGGUGGAUGCCCAUGAUGAGUUGUACUCCAUGGCUGAUGAUGUGUUCGAGUCUCCCCCUAUGUCAGCUUCUUAUGGAGAUCACCAUGAGCCCUGCCAGAGCCUUAGGGAUGUGUCUAAAACCCCCACCAUGCAUAUUGAGAAGGCCAGGUCACAGCAGCGGGGGCGUCGUAUCGCCUCGCAGGUCAAGCACUUUGCCUUUGACAAGCCCAAGCGGCAGUACGGCAUGGGCGUGGUGGGAAACUGGCUCAACCGUCACUACCGCCGCAGCAUCAGCAGCCAGGUGCAGAAACAGCUGGACGACUUCAGCAGCCACAGACCGUACUUCACCUACUGGAUCACCUUUGUCCACGUGGUCAUCACCAUCCUGGCCUGUGCUACCUAUGGCUUUGCCCCUGUGGGGUUCGCCCAACACUCCACAUCUGAACUGGUGUUGAAGAACAAAGGCAUCUAUGAGAGCGUCAAGUUCAUCCAGCAGGAGAACUUCUGGAUCGGCCCCGGCUCUGAUGACCUAAUCCACCUUGGGGCCAAGUUCUCCCCGUGUAUCCGCAAGGACAGCCAGAUAGUCAGUCUCAUCCAGAAAGCCAAGGACCAGGAGAGAGAGUCAGGCUGCUGUGUACAGAACGACAACUCGGGCUGUGUCCAGACCCUCAGCAACGACUGCUCGGAGUCAUUGGCCACCUUCAUGAAAUGGAAGGAUGAAGAUGUGGACAUUCUGAGGUCAUCAGGCUCUGUGUGUCACCAGGACCCCAGGACCUGUGAAGAGCCCGCCUCAGCAGAGCCUCACGUCUGGCCCGAUGACAUCACACAUUGGCCGAUCUGUACCUCCCCACGCAAGACGAACCUGACAGGCUACAGACACAUGGACUGUAACCUCAAGGGACGACCCUGCUGCAUAGGAACUAAGGGCCGGUGUGAGAUCACUACGAGAGAGUACUGCUCCUUUAUGCACGGUUACUUCCACGAGGAGGCCACCCUCUGCUCCCAGAUCCACUGUCUGGAUGAGGUGUGUGGCCUCCUGCCCUUCCUCAACCCUGACGUCCCAGACCAGGUCUACAGGCUGUGGCUCUCCUUGUUCCUACACGCAGGCCUCCUUCACUGCCUGGUGUCAGUAGUGUUCCAGAUGACUAUCCUGAGAGACCUGGAGAAGCUGGCUGGCUGGGUCCGCAUCUCCAUCGUCUACGUCCUCUCUGGCAUCACCGGCAACCUGGCCAGCGCCCUCUUCCUCCCCUACAGAGCUGAGGUUGGCCCAGCUGGCUCCCAGUUCGGGCUGCUUGCCUGCCUGUUUGUGGAACUCAUCCAGGGCUGGCAGAUGCUGGAGAGGCCGUGGAAGGCCUUCCUCAAGCUGGUGGGCAUCGUCUUCUUCCUGUUCCUGUGUGGCUUGCUGCCCUGGAUCGACAACAUCGCCCACAUCUUCGGCUUCCUCAGCGGCCUACUGCUCUCCUUUGCCUUCCUGCCCUACGUGACGUUCGGCGACUUCGACAAGUACCGAAAGCGUGUCCUCAUCCUGCUGUCGCUGCUGGUCUACCUGGGCCUGCUCUCCUCGCUGGUCGUCUGGUUCUAUAUCUACCCCAUCAACUGGCACUGGCUGGAACACCUCACCUGCCUGCCCUUCACCAACAAGUUCUGCGAGAAGUACGACAUUGACCAUGUGGUGCACUAGGCUAGCACUCACUAAAGCGCUAGCAGCUAAUGCUAGCUGGCUUUAAAGCCUGGACAUUCACUGAAAUGCUAACAGCUAAUGGUAGCUGGCUUUAGAACCUGGACAGGAAACGCAGUGGAAAAUACUUUUAAGGGAAACGGAACCUAAAGGGAGAGCGCACCUUUUUCUUAUGCCUGUACGCACCGAGGGUGUCUACGCACAUUGACUUCAACACUGUAAAGCUAUGCUAGUUCCUCUGGAGAGACCGACUCAGUCUGAGCGUGGCAUUAAAGUGUACUUGGAAGACUACAGAGGAUAUCCUACCCUAUCGGUUCAUAAACUGUCACGUUAAUACUACAGAGGCCUCUUAUUUGUUACCUUUUGGACUCAUUUUCUACAACACUGGAUGCAUCUAACACUACGUGAUAUAACAUUUCAUUAUGUUCAAAUACUUUGAUUUAGCUGUUCAUGUGAGCAUUUAAUUAUGGUAUUGAAUACAAGUCAUACAGUCUGCCACUGGCUGGAGCAUUGUUUCAACUUGAACCUAGUUUUGUGUGCUUUUCAUGACUUUUCCAUGGCACCUUUUUGGGGAAAGGAGUUGCCUUACACAAUGAAUUAUACUGUACAGACAGUUUCAAUAAAAUGGUGUUAUUGUAUCUGUAAAUGAUGGUCUGACCUUCCAAAUCCUGCCUUCCAAUCUGCCUAGGUUUUUUGUAUCAACUGCCACAGGUGCUAGAACUAAUUCCAAUUGUACUGUGUCACUGCCCCAAAGACAAGCUGUUAGCCUUAUGGAAAGUUUUUCAGUUUAAGUGCACUACUAAUUAAACAAGUUGACUUGUUCUGGCCAUAAUUGUGCCAUAUCACUGGACAUUGUGUUUAUAGCUUUGAUACUCACGUUAAUUACACGUAAUAUCGUAAGAUUAUAGGAUCUGACUGACAGAACAAAAGGCAGUAUGUGAUCUGAUAUUGAGCAAACUAGAAAGUCCAUGUUGUUUCACUUCAAACUACGAUGUGCUUGGACUAUAUCUCUACAGUAAUAUAGUAAUUAUAGCACUUGAGUGAUGUCAGAGCAAAUGACUACUUAUCAAUCAAUGUGUAAUGUGUCUAUAUUUCAAAGCCGAACGAGAGUCUGUGUACUGCGUGCCUUGAUCAAUGGCCAUUGAUUCAAGAAAGGCUGCUAGUCACUCUUGCCAUUUACAGAUAUCAAAAUGGCCAACAGAGUUUCUGCCAUCCCGGCCUGCUCCUGGUCUCUUGGAUUAUGACCCUCUCCUCUGGCAGGUGUCCACUCUUCACUGCUUAGGACGUUUCCUGAGAGGUGGAUUACUGCGGUGAUGUGGAUUAUAAGAGCAGGAUUUACUAGGCUUUGUUAAGUCAGUCAGCAGUCAACUGGUGGCGUUAAUGACCGACUACGUCAAUAACGUGGAAUUCUUCACAGGUGUUGGUUGGACGAUCGUUGAGUACUGUUUUACGUUGUCUUGUCAUUUGGGCAUUUAAAUGGUUGUGACCCUGUUUCGUUUACUAGGAAUCUGUCCCUCCUUUUCUUUUUAUAUGAACACUUUAGCACUGUCUGGUCCUCUUCAUAGGAAUUCACAGUGCCUUCUGAAAUGUGUGUAAGCCUUGAAUUUGAGUGUCUGUAAAUCGGCAAGCAUAAAUGCAUAAGUCUGUAAAUGCAUUUGGACCAAAUUGAUUAGUUAUUUAUUGGAUUAAAAAGGAAUACUUUGGAAUUUGCUCUUUUACUGAGAUAUUGUGAUAUAAUAUUGCUGCAGGUUAAGAUAUUACACUUACGUGUAUGUAAAAAUUCAGACGAUGUUCUUAAAAAUGAAUGUACAUGUAAUCAUGUUUUCCCUCUUGUGUGUCUUGAGCUCAUAGAUUCAACUACCGGUAACCUUUCCUGAAUUGUGUGAAAAUGGCUCGAGGAACUACUACUUUGGAUCUAUGCUUCUGAACUAUUUCUCUUGACAAUCGCAUUCAGCCGGGUAGUGUGGUGGUGCUUGAAAAGCUAGGAAUAGAAAUACUGUUGUAGAUUCACCUUCUUCAAGCGAGAUUUACUCCAACUUUAAUCUCUGUGGGUCACGUUUUUGCAAGCUGAGAAGUUGAAAACAAGUUGCUUUGUCCUCUAAAUCUGGCAUUUGUUAAUCAUAGAAACCCUACAGUGUAAUGCAUUUCUACAUUCCAAGUGAAAGGGAAACAGUCAGAAACAGAAAUGCUUGAAAAAUAGUUUAUUUUCUAAUUUUCAAAAUGUUAUAAAAAUCUGUCAUGUCUUGAUUCAAGAUUGGAGGCAGAGGUGGUGGUUUCUACAGGGGAAAAGGCGACUAAUUUAUCAAGGAAUGGAAAAUCCCCGGGGGGGGAUAUUGGUAAAAAUUGCUGUGUUUCAAAAAUCUAAAUGCUAUAAAGUCUAUUUUCAAAUACUGUGCCAGCUACAAGUAUAUUGUUCACAAAUCCAUACUAUAUUGUUAAUUGGAUUCCCAUAAAUGUGUCAUUACUAACAACACCCUCCAGACAUGGCCUCUAGUGGUAAUGCUGCUUACUGAAUACAGUAGGCCUAGGUUUGUUUAAAAUGCUUGGCAGCAGCAAAUAGGCAAUUCUCAUAAAUCCCUAAAAGUUAACGACAACAAUGCCUGCUAAUGGACACGUUAGCAGUUAAACCCCUAUAGCUCCAGGAGGAGAGGCGCGCAAUAGUGGUCUACUUUGGAGACUAGCGUCUCUGAAGACAAACAAACACAGCCUGGUUUGCCUAUAUCCCUCCCUGGUAUACUGUAUAUCAGUAAUCUAAUUUCAAUAUUGUCUCACAAUCUAGAAAUAAACAGGUGCUAGGUAAAAGGGUAAUACUACCAUUAAUACUACUACCAUGGUAAAUACAAUGGUUUAUAAAAGUCGUGGUGACUUUUAGCUGCCUAGUGCAUUUUAAAGGCAUAAAUACAGAAGGAUAAACAAAAACAAUAGUGAUCUUGAAAAGCAAAUGAAAGUCCCAGGCAAUCGCCCAGGUGUUGAUGUGCCAUAAAGCUGCAUAUUCAGACAGGAAGAAUGAGAUUGAAAGUGUUCUUCCUGGUUGCUUGGCUCACGAGACAACAGUAAAAAAAGAGACAUUGAGUCGAUGCUGUUUUAAUGCUUGCAAUGGAUCGAUACACAAGCAGCACAGCCACAAAGCGCUAACAGGAAGAGACAGAAGCUAGCUGACCCUUCUUCAAUCUAGGCCUCUCUGCAUUUUCGUUAGAUGCUCAAGUCAUCCAUCAAGAUGCAGCUUGUUUGUUAAAAUCUCAGACUUAACAUGAGUUUAAAAAUGUCCAGCAUUUUAUACAAAAUGUGUACUUUGCUGCACUUUUCCUUGCUGCACUUUUCUAAUGUAAACCUAGAGCAUUUUUUGUCAGUUAGCAGAUUCUAUUUGGUCAUCACGAAUAAGACAUUUUGUAAAAAUGAAACAAGUAAUACAUUUAUAAUCACGUAAUUACUCAAGUAAUUCCAUAUCUUCCCCAAAGAUCAUGUCAACCUUUGAGAUAAAAAAAAAGCCUUUUGUGAACUAACACUCACAUUUGACCCCCCCUUACUAGCUUUGACUUUGCUGAUAGGUACUGUGAGGAGAAAUGUACAGUGGAAGUCGGAAGUUUACAUACUGUCACGCCCUGGCCUUAGUAUUCUUUGUUUUCUUUAUUAUUUUAGUUAGGUCAGGGUGUGACAUGGGGAAUGUUUGUGUUUUGGGUGGUUAUAUGGAAAAGGGGGUGUUGGGUGUAGUGUAUGGGUUUGUGUUGAGUGAAGGUGUCUAGCUCUGUCUAUGGUUGAGUGUAGGUUCUAGGAAAGUCUAUGGUUGCCUGAAUUGGGUCUCAAUUAGAGACAGCUGGUUAUUGUUGUCUCUGAUUGGGAGCCAUAUUUAAGGCAACCAUAGGCUUUAGCUGUUUGUGGGGAAUUGUCUAUGUCUAAGUGUUUAGUGUCAGCAUUUAUGUUUGUAUAGCUUCACGGUCGUCUGUUUUGUUGUUUUGUAUAGUGUUCGUUUCGUUUUUCGUCUUCUUCCUUUAAAUAAAGAAGAUGUACUUUCCA